AUGGAUGAUAAGACACGAUUUUGUGGUCUAUCUUGGUGUGUGCGUGAUACUUGCGGUUUAACGUGUGCUGUCUUCACGUGGUUUCUCAUUUUAUAUGGGGAGUUUUGCGUUUUGACAGUGAUGAUGGCAUCUUGGUCCAAAAAUGUCGUCCAUCAAACAUUUCAUGCUAUCAUUUUUCAUAUUCUUAUGUGCUUAGCAUUCUCAUCGCAUAUCAAAACGAUGCUUACCGAUCCCGGUGCUGUGCCAAAAGGUAAUGCUACUGAUGAAUAUAUUCAACGAUUACAAUUCGCACGAAAAAGUGUCAUCUACAAAUGCUCGAAGUGUAGCAGUGUAAAACCAGAGAGAGCGCAUCACUGUAGUGUAUGUGGAAGAUGUGUUAGGCGAAUGGAUCAUCAUUGUCCAUGGGUAAACAACUGUGUUGGUGAAGGAAAUCAGAAGUAUUUUGUGCUGUUCACGAUGUAUGUAGCGUUAUUAUCGACACAUGCCGUGUACUGGGGAAUAUGGCAAUUUGUUCUGUGUGUUAGCGGUGAUUGGCAAAAUUGUUCAUUGUUUGGACCACCGGUUACAACAAUUUUACUUGUGUUUUUAUUAUUUGAAGCUAUUCUUUUUGCAAUAUUCACACUUAUUAUGUUCGGCACUCAACUUAGUUCGAUAUGCAACGAUCAGACUAGCAUUGAAGCGCUUAAAAAUGAACAGUACAAUUCUGGACCAGAUGGUUGGAAAAAUUUACAAAUGAUCUUUGGCGGUCCAUUUUCGUUGCGAUGGUUUAGUCCGUUUGCUGCUCCGUAUGUUAGUAAGCUAACAUUUGAAUAUUCCGUCUGA